AUGGCAAGCCUAGACGUUCAAGUUGAGAUGCCAAAGACCGUGCCUUUGCAACCUUAUGGAUGCCUGUUUGGCUAUGAUUGUCCACCUGGGAUUUCUCCAACAUUUUCUAAAGUUUCAUUCAUUGGAAAGAAGGUUACAAGCAGCCUUUUGUCCGACAUUCAUGUGCGAGAUGUCUUGCUUCUCGAUAGAUGUCAUGGAAUUUCUGGUGCGGAUGUCAGUCUUAUUAUAGAUCACAUCCAAAAUGUCAAGGUAUUGAGCUUCAAUGGAAGCUCUAUCCGUUCUAUUCCAGAGAGCAUAUCCAAGCUGAGAAACCUUCAAGUGCUUGACGUUCGAUCCUUCGAUGAUGUGCCUCAAUUGCCAGAUGCGCUCUUCAGCUUGACAUCACUGAAGGUUUUGAAAUGCGAUGAGAUCACAAAAUUCAACUUUGCAUUACUGCCCCAAUUAUUCAACUUGGAAGAGCUGGAGCUUCAUUCCGGUAAGGAGUUAGCUGUGGAUUUGAGUGGAAUUUCAAGCCUACACAAGCUAAGACAUUUAAAGCUAAACCUCUUCAAUAAUGCAACAAUAAAAAUACCUCACAGCCUUGGUGCACUAGAGGACAUUGAGACACUGGAGUUGCAGGCAAAGAGCAUGGACUUUGCCGAUUUCACCGGCCUGUGGCAACUUGUCAAUCUAAGACAAUGUCACAUUAGGGUGGAAUCGACUAUCAAACUUGACUGGAAACGAAUGUUUAAGAAUUCCAAACAGCUUCAGAACUUUACCAUUUAUGGGGUACAAGACGGUGAAAACAAUGCCGAAAGCCUCGAAUGGCUGCAGCUACAAUUUUUAUCCAUCACAAACAAUGAGACAAUGAAAGACCUGUCUUGGUUAAAGGGCUUUCAACGGCUACGAAAACUUGACCUAGACUGCAGUGGUAUCCAGUUCUUCAGUCUGGAUGGAUUGUUCCCAUGCCUCGAACAUCUGGAGCUUCGAAAUCUGCGCAUUGCACAGUCGGAGUUCAAGGAUGAUUUGGCAGCAAGUCUUCCAAAUCUGAAGAGGUUAACAUUCGUUGUGGCUCUUGAUAAUACAUGGGAGCAUUUGCCUCUCUUUGUGACACAACUCCCCAAAGACCUUGAUGGACUGAGAGUAGAAGGUUACAUGAGGAGACUCUUGAUGCCAACCGAGAGAUCACAGCUGAAGGUGAAACGGUUCACAUUAUCUUUGCGGAAGGGCUGUAUGAGGCAGCUCCCCAAUGAUUUCUUUGAGCCAACAGACCAGAUGACUCUUUUAAGAUGGGCGCACUUGAUGGGGAUCGAAAAUAUUCCAUCAUCCAUUGCAUCCCUUCCAGGAUUGGAGAUGCUUGGGCUCUAUGAUCAUGAUGAUGUAGUGUGGCCCCAAUUGAGUUCAGACAAUCACGGCCUUGGCUUAUUUCCAAGGCUCAAAGUCCUACGCUGCCGAAAAGGUACGAAAGUUCCACCAUGGCUUGAGGAGCGGCCGGAUCUCCAGAUAAACUUCAGGGAUGAUAUAGUUACGAAAGUUCCACCAUGGCUUGAAUCUUCGAAGGUUUACUAG